CUUCGGUGGCUGUCACUCACGCGCGCUCUGAGUCGCUCUAGAGCUCGCGCGCGGGGAACCGGCGACGUAACCGCGUGAGAUGACCGGAAAGGUGCAGUGACUGAACAACUCCCGUGUUUUUGUUUGUUUUGUUUUUCGGUCGUUCCACCAUGUUUCCGGUUUUGUUUGCUUUCUGCGCACUAAAUAUAAACGAUAGGGAUUGCGGAAUGAGUCGUCCGAGGGAAACAUGGUUACAUUUUCGCCAUGGCAACCGUCGCUAAAGCGUCACGUUCGCCGUAGAGCCGUUACUGAAGGAGCCGUUCCUCUCGCGCUGUAAUCUCUCAGGCGGCUUGUUGUUGUUGUUGUUGUUGUUGUUGUUGAUUUUAACGCCAGCGCACGCCGUGUAGCAGCUCGUUGCGGAGGUGCGGGGUGAGUAUCGACUAAUCCCCCUGCAGCCGAGCGGCUCGGAAAUGGAGGCGGUUAUGGAGAGAGAGUGCAGCGCGCUCGGAGGACUUUUCCAAACAGUCAUCACCGACAUGAAGGGCAGCUACCCGGUGUGGGAGGAUUUUAUCAGCAAGGCUGGAAAGUUGCAGGCGCAGCUCAGGGCCACGGUUGUGGCAGUCGCUGCUUUCCUCGAUGCCUUUCAGAAGGUCGCGGACUUGGCCACAGGCAGCAGAGGUGCAACCCGGGACAUCGGUUCAGCUCUGACCAGGAUGUGUAUGAGACACCGCAGCAUCGAGGCCAAACUCAGACAGUUUUCAAUGGUGUUUGUGGACUCACUGAUUAACCCGCUGCAAGAACAGAUGGAGGAGUGGAAGAGAGUCGCCAACACUAUGGAUAAGGACCAUGCCAAAGAAUACAAACGAGCACGGCAAGAGAUCAAGAAGAAAUCUUCAGACACGCUUAAACUGCAAAAGAAGGCAAAGAAAGGGCGUGGGGAUCUCCAGCCGCAGGUGGACAGCGCUCUGCAGGGGGUGAGUGAUAAGUACGCAUCGCUGCAGGAGACGGAAAGACAGGCAGUGAGGAAAGCUCUGAUUGAGGAAAGAGCACGAUUCUGCACAUUCGUCUCCAUGCUCAGACCUGCCAUAGAAGAGGAAGUGUGUAUGUUGGGUGAGAUCACACACCUGCAGUCGAUCUCUGAUGAUCUGAGGUCUUUGACUAUGGACCCUCACAAGCUGCCUCCCUCCAGCGAACAGGUGAUUGCUGAUCUGAAAGGCUCAGAGUGCAGCUGGUCAUAUCAGACUCCGCCCUCCUCUCCCAGCACCACCUCCAGGAAGUCCAGCAUGUGUAGCAGUCUGAACAGCGUGAACAGCAGCGAUUCUCGUUCAAGCAGCUCUCAUUCUCACUCUCCCACAUCACAUUUCCGUUACCGAGGCUCCGCCCUCCCUCAGCAAGGCUCCGUCCGCCUUCCCAGUGUCUCCUCCCACGACUCGGGCUUCACCUCUCAGGACACCUGUCAGUCAAAGAGCCCCUCCCCUAUGCCUCCAGAUGGGAGUGUACAGUGCUCUGACUCGUCCUGCCCUGAUGAGUCAGCUCAACCGAUCACAGACAGCCGCACUCCCACAUUACCUGACUCCAACACCAACACUGAAGACAAGUUGGUAAACGGCAGCACGUCACAGUUUAAUUCAGUGGACCCUUCCCUCUUCAUCGUUCCAUCAUCUCCACCUUCCUCAUUACACAGUCCUGGCCCUGCAUGGGCGUGGUCUCAGCCUGGCCCCGCCUCAGAGGUGGAUUUGGAGCCGUGUUUUCCUCUGGGUCCUGGCACCUUUCCCCCCUCACACAGAGUGCCCAGCUGGAAGGACUGGGCCCGGCCGGGUCCGUAUGACCAGCCGAUGGUGAACACUCUGCGGAGGGUGAAGGAGAGAGUGAGGGAGAACAGUGAGUGCAGCAGCUCCAGAGAUGAAGCUCACAAAGCCAGCCCCAAUUCCAGCACUCACAGUAAACCCAGGGACGAAGCUCAUGAGGAGCUGGCCGUGUGUCUGUCUCGUGGUCUGUCGUUGGAUAUACCACGCAGCAGCCGGGAAUCUGUUCAGGGUUCCAGCGGCUACAGCACACAGACCAACACACCCUGCUGCAGCGAGGACACCUACAUAUUUGAUUAUGAGUGCCUGCCAGGGGGCGGAGACCAAGACGGAGAGUCACAGGAUUGCGACUUGCCAGCCCCAGUUCUGCAGAACACAGACAUCAGCCAGUCAUAUCGCAGAACUUUGCCAGCCAGGCGCCCUUCUCCCUGUGGGCCGGUUAGCAUUACACCGGGCGUGGCCACGAUCCGGCGCGCGCCCACUUCGAAGCCGAGCCUGUGGCGCGGGCCGAGCGGUCACGGUCCGAUCCCUAUCAAAACCCCCGUCAUUCCUGUUAAGACACCCACCGUGCCCCUGCCACUCUGCAGCGAGGACGCAGCAAACACCAGCGAUCCCUCGCCAUCACCCACACAGCUAACACCCAACUCCGUCAGCCAAUCAGAUGCUCCGGCAGAGCAGGACGAGGUGGGGCCUGACGAGCAGGAGGGCAGCAUGCUGUCAUCUAUUCGGCGAGGGGUGAGCCUCAAAAAAGCGAUGACCAACGAUAGAUCUGCUCCGGUUCUCGAAUAAAGAGCGCCGCUGCCUCCGCCUCCUCCGCCUCCUCCGCCUCGACCAAUCAGAACUCAGACGUAGCUGAAAUGGUGGAGAUUUUUAGCAACAGUACUAAUGUUGUCACGUGUAGGAUGGGUAAAGUAGUACAUAUGUUUUACAGUGAUUCAAUAUAUACAUAAACAUUUAAGAUGAGAUGUUAAUGUUAUAUCAUAUUACACAACAAUGACAUUUAGUGGCUUUGUACAUACAGAUACAGAAUAUCUGGUUUGAAGUGAUUCUCUUUCACUGUUGAUUAUAUACUAGAUCUUUCUCUGCUACCAGCCCAUCCUCCUAUAGGUGCCAAAACUUUGUGCCUCGUAUUGUAUUUCCUUUUAUCUUAUUCGAAUCAGGAAUUGCAGAACCGCAAUCAGAGCUGCGCUGGACGUUUACUCAAGGAGAGCGUGUGCGUUUUGUACAUUAUAUCUGGUUUAUGGGGUUUGAAGGCCUCGGAUACUGCAGCAGUUCCUGAAGAAGUCUCUCUUUUGUUGUUUUUGGGAAAAAGUGAAACAGUUCUCUCAGACAGGACCUGGAACGGCUUACAGCUAUUGGCUGACGCAUGAUAUCUUCUGUCAAAAAUUCAACUCUGGUGCAUAAUUUUCACGUAUCGCCGUGCUUCGGUGCCUGCCAUCAGCACAUUGUUCUCACUGAAACCAACAGUAAGAGAUGUGCAUUUAACAGACAGCCGAAUGUUCUUGUGCAUGCAGCUUACACAGCCUACACUAUCGAGAAUGUGCUCAAUGACUUUUCUAGUAUCUCUAUCUUUUUAAAAUUCUAAUGAAAUUGUGUCUACUCUCAAACGUCUAGCAAACAGCUGCCUGAUACCUUUUAAUGCCAGAAUGAUGUCAUCACUGAAAUCCCGGGCCUGUGAAUCUGGACUAAGCUUUCACACACACUCAGUAACGUAACUUAGACAGAUUUCAAAUCUUAUAACUAAGGAAUAAUACACAAAGUGGCAUGUUGUUAUAUUUUCUAAUAACAGCACAUCUCAAAGUGUUUUAUUCCUCUUAUACCACAGCCAUUUGCCAGCGAUUACAGAUUUUUUAUUAGUUAAAUAUUUGUAUUUUUAAUGUUGUAGAACGUCACAAAACAAAUUAGUUCUUGUCAUCACUUCCUUUAUAGCAGCUAUAAACAGUUGUUCUCUCACCAGCCUUUUUUUUUUCCUCUUUUGUAGUUUAUUAGACAAAAAAACACACAGCUUGUCAUUGUUUCUGAGAAACCACAAAGUCCUCAGUCCUGAAAAAGUUACAGCUUUACCUCUGACUGUUACCGCUCUGACACUGGAGACUCCUUCCAUAAACGUUAAACAAACACCUCCCCACAGAAAACCUCACCAUAUCAACGAUUGCACGCAUUUUUUUAAUCCGUUUAUGUAGAACGUCCACCGUACAAGUCCCUGUGUAAGCUGUUACUAUAGAAACCAUAACAUAUUAGAACAUUGAUAGGAUGAGAUAAGAUGUACCUUUAAUGAUCCCCUAUAGGGGUUUAGUUGACACAGCAGCACAAGUAGGAGGAGUAACAUCAAAGAAAAGAAAAGAUUUUACCUAUACAAUAGAAAUAAUAAAAACUAUAUAAAUAUAUAAUAUAAUAUAAACCUGGAACUACUGUCAGAGCGGCUGUUAUAGAAAAUGACCAAUCAGAUUUGAGAAUUCUCCAGUGUUGUGGGAUACUGUUAAAGGUGCACUUAGGGGGAAAAAGAUUUCUUUACCCCAGAUGUGGACAGAACAUCAAAACGUGUUUGCUGUCUGAUGUUUGUUUCUUUGGUUUCGUACUAAAGCUACGAGGUUAAUGUAGCUAGCAAAUAAUAGAAGUCACUGGAAAUCUUGAACCACAUCCACAUCCAGUUCCUCAGAGACGUCACACAGACAUGAUGCAGUUUAGUUUCCCACACAGUGGGAUUUAUUGUCAUCUGUAAACAUGAACAAAACCACAGUAGGUCAUUUAAAUAUGAGAUCAUGUAGCUCGACAUUGUGGUUUGGAACAGGAAUAUGAGGAUUUGGUGAAAAGACUGGAGGUGACUUAGACUCAGUAACAGACAGGUCUAAGUGGUUGUGGUGCACCAACCACGAGUGGAUCACAGUGGUGUCUCUCAGUGUGUCAGAUUCAGCACAACAGCUGCUACACAGUAACACGAAGUCUUUCCCAUCUUCUCUCUCUCUCUCUCUUUCACUCUCUCUCUGUGCUGGUUAAUAGCAGGGAGCAGUGUCUGAUGUAAAACACUCUUUAGAGACGGUGUGGAAAUGCACAUCUUAAAACGAAGGAAAAAUCCAGUCCUCGGAAGAUCUUUCGGUUUAGAAGUAGCAAAGAGUGGUUUUUUACACGACCAUCAAGUUUUUUUUUGUUUUUUUAACAAAAUGUUAUUGCAGUGGUCCGGUCUCAAUGUAUUGACUUUUCAGUUCUUUACAUGUAUUGUAUCUUUAAUAGCAUUGAAAGUACAAGUACAAGUACAAGUACAAGAGAAGUAUUUUGGCUGAAAAAAAAAAAAAAUCAUGCCAAAUGUAGUUAAUCAGACAACACAUAUUUGUUUUAGUUUUCCACUGGAGCAACAAGGAUAAUAAAGCUAACAAGUAAUGGAAUCUUAUAGCCACCAGUUUAGCAUCAUGCAGACUGUAUCCAAUUUUCAAUCAGUGUUAUUAACUAACAGAAUAAAUCUGUAUUCAAAUGAUACAAAUCAGGUGAGAACUCUCAGACUUUAGGCCACGCCCCUUACCUGAGCCUGCUGAGGAAAUGGUUCGCUUGUUUCUGUACAAGUUUGCGUGACACUAAACUGCAGGCUGUAAGCUUCUUUUACUUUUUAGCUACAUUAGCUGUGUACUUUCAAAGCUUAAGAAGCAAACGUCAGACACAACGCGUCUUGUCUGAUCGAUUACAUUUGAAAAUUGUGUACAUUUCAUCUCUGGCUGAAAUAUUUCUCCGUUUCUCUGAAUGUAAAGUAUAAACCUCUAAUCUCUGGGUCCGAGUAGUCGUUUCCUCUCUGCCACGUGUGUAAUAAACGCUCAGUGUGCUCUCUGCUGUAUAACAGAAAGGGUCUAGAAUGUUCUACUUAGCUGAUGCCUUACGCAUAUGAUGCUGACCGUGUGUGUGUGUGUGUGUGUGUGUGUGUGUAUAAAUUACUAUCUGCAGAGAUAUUGUUCCUGAACAGUAAUGUAGCUGCUCUGUCAGUAAACCGUGACAUACGUGGCUCACGUUUAUGAAUGUAAGGAUUAGUGUGUGAGGAUGGGGUUUAGAAGUGGUUCGGAUAAAGACUGCAGUUUUGCUCAGUGCUUCACUUCUGGAGUUUGUUUCACGUGUCCAACUGCUGUUUUAGCUAAUAAAAUAUUAACGCUAACGUGUCGAACAUU